AUGGCGGAGGGCGGCCCGCGGCGGCUGCGGCCGUGGCUGCUGGCGCAGCUGCAGAGCGGCCGCUUCCCGGGGCUGCAGUGGGACGACGCGGCCCGCACGGCGCUCAGGAUCCCCUGGGCCCACGGCGGCCGCAGCGGGGCCCGCGACGGGCCGGGGGCGGCGCUCUGCAGGGCGUGGGCGGAGUUCAAGGGGCGGCUGCGGCCCGGGGACCCCCCGGACCCCGCGGGCUGGAAGACGCGGCUGCGCUGCGCCCUGAACCGCAGCCCCGAGUUCCAGGCGCUGCCCGGGCGCGGCCGCGCCGACGGAGCCCGGCCCUACCGCGUGUACCGGCUGCUGCCUGCCCGCGAGCCCAAAGCCCCCAAGGGGCGGCAGGGCCGGGGGGAGGCGGGGCUGAGCCCCACCGAGCCCCUCCCCCCGACGCCGCCCCCCGAGAGCCGGGACGGAGCCCCGGAGGACGACGAGAAGCCCGCCGAGGCCCCGCCCCCGGAAGCGCCGCUGCGGAUCGAGGUGGAGAGCGCCGAGCCCCUCCCCCCGGCGACCGGGGACGCGGCGCUGCUGCUGCGGCUGCGCCGGGGCCGGGCCGUGGCGUGGCAGGGGGCGCUGCCCGCGGGGGAAUACCUGCUGAGUCCUCCGGGCCGCCAGGGGGCGCUGCCCGCGGGGGAAUACCUGCUGAGUCCUCCGGGCCGCCAGGGGGCGCUGCCCGCGGGGGGGGGGGGGCCGAGUCCUCCGGGCCGCCAGGGGGCGCUGCCCGCGGGGGGGCACCCGCCGA